CGUAGCUGUCCGUCCUUUCCUGACGCAGGCGGAGCGCAGCGGCGGCGGUUCCUGUCAGGCACAGACGGGCCCGGCGAGAUGGCGGCGCAGAAGAUCAACGAGGCGCUAGAGCACGUCGCCAAGGCGGAGAAAUAAAAUAAUCCGAGGCUUAUCCUGAAAAGAGAGGGAGAAAUUACAGGAUGUCCAAAAUUGUCUAAACAUCUGUUCGUGGUCUGAUCCGGACGGAGCAGUGGGGCCGAAAAUGUUGUUCCUUAUUUACCAACCCAUAGUAUCUGGCAGUUCUCUGCAUCUCACAUGGAUGGCCUGAAAACUGGAUUCUUAAAGUGGAAACCAGACUAUGAUAGUGCAGCUACUGAAUAUGGAAAGGCAGGCGUUGCUUUUAAGAAUGCCAAACAGUUUGACCAGGCAAAGGACGCCUAUUUGAGGGAAGCUGAAGCACAUGCAAAUAAUAGAGCUCUCUUCCAUGCUGCCAAAGCUUAUGAACAAGCUGGCAUGAUGUUAAAGGAGAUGCAAAAACUUCCUGAAGCAGUUCAGCUGAUCGAGAAGGCCAGUAUGAUGUACCUGGAGAAUGGAACACCUGACACAGCAGCUAUUGCACUGGAACGGGCUGGAAAGCUAAUAGAAAGUAUGAACCCAGAAAAGGCUGUACAACUCUAUCAGCAGACAGCAUCAGUGUUCGAAAAUGAAGAACGUUUACGGCAGGCUGUAGAAUUACUAGGGAAAGCCUCAAGACUUUUAGUCAGAGGACGCAGAUUAGAUGAGGCUGCAUUGUCUAUUCAGAAGGAAAAAAAUAUUUAUAAAGAAAUUGAAAAUUAUGCAACAUGUUAUAAGAAAACUAUCGCUCAAGUCUUAGUUCAUCUUCAUAGACAUGACUAUGUUGCUGCAGAACGAUGUGUUAGGGAAAGUUACAGUAUACCGGGAUUCAGUGAAAGUGAAGAUUGUGCAGCACUAGAACAGCUUCUAGAAGGAUAUGACAACCAGGACCAGGAUCAAGUUUCUUAUGUCUGUAACUUACCACUCUUCAAGUAUAUGGACAAUGAUUAUGCCAAGCUUGCUCUUAGUUUGGCCGUCCCAGGAGGGGGAACUAAGAAGAAAUCACCAGUUACUACACAGGACAAAGCAGGAGGACCGGCUGCUAUUGGCUCCCAUGCUGAGGAGGAAGAUGAUGAAUAUUCUGGAGGACUAUGCUAGUUGUAAACAUGUUCAAUGUUAAAUAUCAGACUUGCUGUUUAUGGAUGUUGAGCAUAUUCACAGAUGAUAGAAUUACCAGCGCUUCAUUGCAAUCAUGAUAUUGGAAUGCUAAUAUAGACUUGACAGCUUUUGGGUACUAUUACAAAAAAGCAUGAUAACCCACCACUUCUUGAAGCAUUUCUGGAUUCCAUUCCAUACAUGGUAAGAACGUCCUGAGUGCACUACCUUCCUCUGAUUGAAAUAUUUGAGUAAUGUUGUCUGUUCUCUAAAAAGCACAUGGGUUAAAAGAAACUAAAUCAGAUUGGGGAGAAGUAUUGAAACAACUAGUUUCAAAUCAUUGGAUUCUAGAAUAUUUUGACUGGUUCUUCUGGUUCCCUAUAACAUAUUUGAUUUCUUUCCACUUUGGCAGUUUUAAAGGUUAUUCAGCUUGGUGUAGUUUUUAGCACAUUGAAUAUCUGAAUAAAGAAGACGAACUCUUUACCAGAUCAGAUAUUUGCACAAGUUUAAGCUUCUUGGGUGUGGACCAUUCCAUUUAUUCUGAAAACAUUUUUAACCUGUAGAGGGAUUUGUUUUAAAUGCCUUAUUUUUAUAAGCAUUAUCCAGAAGCGUAAAAGGGUUUGGAAAAUACUAAGACAACUGAUAUGAAGCCACCUUGCAAGUUUCUUCAGAUAGCCCCAUUAUUUUCCCAUAGGUGCCUUUCAUAUAAAGAAACAAUAUUCUCAAUAGAUCUUUGGUGUUACAUCUGCAUGCAGAUUGAGAUGCUGUUUGUAAUGUACAUAUUGCAAAGGAGAAAGGAGCCAACCAUAAUCAAUUUAAAAAAAAAAAAAAAAAAGACUGCAGAUAGAUGUGCUGUUUGCUGAAUAUAAAGCCUUUGCAGAAAAAGAAAUCAGCAAAAAUCUAAGUGAAAGUGAUAUUUUGGAAAUAUCUCAACACCGUUCUUCAAAAAUUUGAGUUGUUUUAUUUGAAUUUGGAAUCAGCAGUACUCUUCUACAGUUAUUUAAAGCAUAAUGUAGCCAGUAAGUGGUCUGUUUUGCAUUUUGUAGCUUUGGCCCAAAGUUCCCAUUAACAACACAUCAAAGUUAUUUGAAGAACUUAAGUGUAAAUCAUCACAAAAAUCUAGUGCAUAUUCUUCAGGAUCAAACUAAAUUUGACUACUCCAGUUUGACUAUUCUAUGCCCAACAGGUGAUCAUAGACUUCAAUUCUGUAGAAAUUUCCACAGAAGAACCCAUGAAGGCCUACUAUAGGAUGAGGUCAUCCAGAAUCUGAUGGGAGGGAUUCAUGAUGUGCACAGUGCACCAUGACUCCUAAAUUGCAGUGAGCAUUAGACCAGAAGCAAGGUAUAAAUGCUAAUACCAUGCUUCUACCGUGUUAAGCCAUCAAAUUAUUUCAGAAAUUUUUGAGAAUUCUUGGAACAAUUCUGUUAAAUGUACAAGUGUGAAAAAGCUUUUUUGAGUUUUGAUAUCUGAUUUAGGAACGUUGUGAAAGAAUGUGCAAAUUUUGAAUAGGUACCACAUUGGUCAGGCAAAGCUAGUAUGACAUACAAUGUUGAUAGAUGCUCCCAUCAACGGGAGCGUCUAUCAAUCAAUGUUAGUCUGUUAUGCUAGGAUAGAUGUUUUUAAAAACUGAUUGUGUGUCCAAAUUGUGUAGUAAUGGACUGAAGCUUGGAUCUGAAAUGUGAGGUUGUUUGAA